CAUUUCCUACUGCACACGUUCCGGAAUAGGUGUCACAUAAGCUAUCUAGAGAAGUUUGCUCUGGCAAACACCGGCGAGCUUAAGUGGAAAGAUGAUGAGAUCGAAAUGAAUAGCUCACUCACUAUCGCAAUGGAUACGUACCUCGAAUCCGAAAAUUGUUUGAAAGUGUCGCCGAACGUGGCGCGACAGGAUUCGGGAGUACCGGAAGAUCUCGCAUCCCCCAUCAAUGAAGAAACUCGAGUUCUCAACGAACAAGAGGAUGCUAAUCUCACUAUAAACAGUGAGUGUAACAUCACCGUGAUCCAUGUCAGCGAGUUUGAGAAGCGCAAAGCGAACGAGAAGUCGCUAGCCGAGAACAAAGACAGCAAAGAUGGCAGCGACAGUGGUGUGGAAGGUUGUGCGACGGAAGUUUCACGGAUACGCAGAAACAGUGUCGACUACACGAGUAGCUGCGGCGGUCUGGAUGAGGCUUCCUGCGACUCCAGUCUCGUAAGUUGCUGCUCGGUGUACGAAGAUCCAUGCGGAUCAACAUUGCCGGACGAUGUCCGACUGGGUGCGACCGGCGGUGAGGGUACGAGCGAAGGUGGCAGUGAGAGUUCGUCCAUUGCUGGCAGCGUAUCCGUGCGAACGAGUCGUAUGAACGUAAAGAGAACCGCAACGACCUCGAACACGACCAAAAAGAAGAUUUCGAACAACGCCGAAUCGCAAAAGACUGUUCGCGCGAAACCGACGAGCUCGACUUCGAGCACAAGCUUGGGUGCGACGACUCCGCGCUCUAAGUCGCGAACGGCGACUCCUCGAAAUAUCCUAAGCAAGGUGCAAAGCGCGAGUAGAGACAGAGAACGGGAUCGACCGAGAUCGCGGGAGAAAUCGACCGUCCGAGAGUCAAUGAGUUCCUCGCUCGUUGCGGAGGCCAAGACUUCUGUUGGCAACCGCGGUACAACGACGUACGGAUGUCGAUCCGUUAGCAGCACUGCGUCCAAUUCGACGACUACGCCAUCCUCGUCUUCGGGACCGAGGAUGAGGACAAGGCCGUUGCCUGACUCGUUGCCGUCUGUGCUGACAACAGAGAUCAACAAGGAUCUCGCGCAGCGUGGCGGGAGAACUAUCAGGAGCGACUCUUCGAGAUCGAGAACCGUGUCUAGCACGCGAGGUGCGUCUCGCACACCAGCGUCUACGCCGUCCGAGGAAACGAGAACAAAGGUACCGUCCCUACCGACUUCGCGCAUUGUUUGCGGAAAAACCACGUCGCGCACUGAUUCUAACAAAGUCACUGGUCAAGAUAACAAAGCGUUGGACACGUAUGCGACUUUACCGCGUAGAACUAGAGGCAAACUGACAAUCUCGAAAACUGGAGAGAAGACGGACAAGAUGACGAGAAGUCGAUCCGGAAGUCGAGACGCUAGUCUUAGCAGAGCAGCCGAGAAAAAGGUGAUCGGAAAAGAUUCGUCCUCCGUCCACAAAAGUUUGCCGCCAUAUCCUAGACAGAGAAUUAUCGAGAGAACGCGUAUUUAUCACGAGACCAGUGCGCAAACCGGCUUGACUGGGCAAGAUAUUGAGAACGCAAUGUCCGGGCAACCGAGCAUAAUCGCCGGACCCGAAGUCAUCGAAAGAUUACAUAAAAGUUGUCAAACGGAGGAUACGUGGGAUGAUAUGCAAGUUUUGCAGGAUAAUUUGAGACGUUUGAACGAGGAGAACAGCAGUCAGCGAGAGAAGAACGAGAAACUGAAACUUCAGUUGGCUGAAACAAAUCAUCUCUUGGAAGAGGAACGAGCCGAUCACGCGUUUGCACGUCAAGAACUCGAUAGGAACGCGCAACGAGUAUUAGCUAUGCUUGGCACGCCACAAUCGGAGCAUACAGAAGGCAGCGACAGCUUCCUCGAGCUCGAGAGUCACAUACAAUCCUCGGGACAAGUUGUCGCCAGUCAACAAAUCGAAAUAGCCGAUCUGCAAUCAUUGUGUCGUAUGUUGAGCAGGGAUCUGGAUAAAAGUCUUGCCGCGCAAAAGGCCUUGCUGCAACAGCAGCAAGAAUUAGAAGCCGAAUCAGCCGAGAUGCAAGAUUUCCUUCAAGAAGAAAAAGCAACCCUGGCCGAUGCAUUGAAGGACGCCGAAUUAGAGCUUAAGAAGAAAAACGAAACUCUAACUCAACGAGAGGCAGAAUUAGAAAGACAAACCGAGGAGUGUAAGCACUUGGUGCGAAUUAGCGAACAAAGAAGACAAGAGAAUUUAUCGAUGACAAUGAAGUUGAACGCUGUCGAACGAAGAAGUAGGGAACUUUUACUUACUCAAGGAGCUGCCAUGUCCGGAGCGGCUGUUGCUCUCUCCGGACUUAGCACUAGAUUAGAAGGAUUAGUAGAUCAAUUAAUUUCUUCCUAUAAUAUUUCUGUAAAAGAUCUUGAGGACGUUAUAUAUCAUAAUGAAGCGUACAGCAGAAGUAACAGUAGCGUGGAGUCUAGUCCAGUUAGCUCGAAGCAGAGUCUAAAGGAACGUACGCCGAGUCCGAAGAGCGGAUCCUUCGUUUCCGCGGUAAUUAGCGCGAUUCGAAACGCCGCGACGCAUCCCUUCGCAACGAAAAACAUCGACAAGAAAUCCAGUCUGGAUUCGUCCAAGAUUUACAAAGAGUUAAGCAUGGAAUCGUCUUCCGAUCUGCUUGAUUUCGAGACUGAGCCGUGUCUGAUGAUGGAAAGCGUUUUGGAAGACGUUCCCUUGCCGGACACGUACUCACACAAUAUGAUAUCGAGCAGCGAUUCUCUUCGCAGAGCGUUGAGCUUUCCGGAAACGACGGACGAGCAUAAUAAUAGGAAAACAAAAAUCGGCGAUGAGUCUACUAGUCUAACGAAUCUCACUCAGGCAAUUUUGCAUCGUCGUAAGGUAGAAGAUGAGGGUGACGAUGAUUGUGAUUCUAUAAGCGAAUCUGACACCAACGACGGUCCUGUGCCUUUGACUGAUUAUUGUCUGUCUGUAGAUCUCGUUGAUCAAGUAAUUGAGGUAGAUAAUCUUGUAACCAAGCUUUUGAAGGUGUUACGAAUCAUACAGCUCGACAACGAUACUUGUAUACAAGAAUUGAAAGAAGAGAGGUCCAAUUUGGAAAUGAAAUUAGAAGCUACCGUAACGGAGCUGAACGAGCUUCGCAAGAUAGUCGAUAGUCUUCAUCAAUCGCCGGAAGAAGUCUUGAACAACGCAUCGGAUCGGCGACGUAGCGUCGUAGAGAAUUGCCGGAUUCUGCUCAAAGAGGCGGGUAACGAGGAAUUAAAAUUUGACGAAGCCGUACUUGCUAUUAAUAGCAGUCCCGGUGAAGUAGACUGUGAAGAUCUCAAUGCGAACGAGACAACUUCCGCUUAAUGUUUUGCUUUAUAUUAGUUUUGUAUUAUUAUUUAACAAUUAUGAGCAAUAUUGAUUUCUAAAAAUAUCCAUCCAUGUCUGCAGUUCUUAUAUUAAGCGUCGACAAGUGAUUUAUUGUCAAUCGCAAAAAUUUUGCUAAAGUUUUUAUUUCUGAUAAAUGAAUAUUUAAAAAAAAUAUAUUAACGAUGCACAUAUUUGUGCACAUCUUUCUGUCUUCAUAACGGCAUAUUUUUCAUAUGUAUAUAAAAUAUUGUACAUUUUUUGAGAUUGAAAAAUAAUUGGAUCAAAUAAUUUCUUUUGAAACAAUUGUACAUUUAAAUGAUUGUGUGUCCAAAGAAAAUAAAUAUAAUUCUAGUUAAAAUCA